AUGCCGCCGCCGGCGCGGCGUAGCUACCGCGGGGUGAGGCGUCGGCCAUCGGGCAAGUGGGCGGCGGAGAUCCGGGACCCCAAGAAGGCGGCGCGCGUCUGGCUCGGCACGUUCGUGACCCCCGAGGCCGCGGCGCGCGCCUACGACGCCGCGGCGCUCCGUCUCCGCGGGAGCCGCGCCAAGCUCAACUUUCCAGAGGACGCGUCGUCGCUCCGUCGCCCGCCGGUCGCCGUGGGUUCUUCUCCGCAGUCAUCCCGUUCUCGCUUGGAUUUGGAUGGCACCACGGGCAGCUCACCGCCGUGGCCGCAGAUGAUGUACUGGAGGGACGCCGGGAAUGAUGGGUUCGUGGUGGGCGGUGAAGAUAAUGGCCGGUUCUUGGGUUUCUGGAGCAUCGGAACUUCGCCGCCGUCGCCCAAGCCUGUAUGUUCCAGUGCUCCCGUCGUCGUCGCUCCUAUGCCUUGUGUGAGCCACGGAACAGGGAGCAGCGGAAUAGAAGACGCGGGGAAUGAUUGGGACUUGGCCACUCGGGAGAAAAGCAAGAGCCUAACAGACUUGUAG